GUGAAGCUGACGAGAGAGCAUAUACCACUCACUACCACAAUGGUUGGUCACUGACACCAGUACUUGUCCCUUACACGAGUGGUUUUUCUGCACUAAUCACUCCCAGCAUUCUUGAAACUCACACAGUGAUUGGUCACUCGCUUGCGAUAGUAUAUGAGGCAGGAUAGUGCUAACUGGUACACAAGUUAAUCACCCAGGAUAACUACUCGCUAGAAAUACGAGAUGUUCUUCGUGGGAUUUGCGGCUCUGGUUGUGUCUGCCUUCGGGGAAAACAUCUACGGAGGUGGAUUUGGCGGCCUCGGAGGAGGCUACGGAGGUGGAUUUGGCGGCCUCGGGGGAGGCUACGGAGGUGGAUUUGGCGGCCUCGGGGGAGGCUACGGAGGUGGAUUUGGCGGCCUCAGACCAGCCUAUGGAGGCGGAUUUGGCGGCCUAGGUGGAGGCUACGGAGGUGGGAGAUCCGUUGUUCAAUUUAACCUCGGUCGUCCACUUGGAAUUGGUGGUGGAUACGGAGCAGUUGGUGGUGGAUACGGCGGUGUAGGUCCUGGCUAUGGUGGGUACGGGACCAUCGGAAAGUAACCCCGAACUGGCCAGUGUCCUUAGAGGUAUUGUUCUCCUCAGUUCCACGAAGCAAAUAUAUAUGUUAUUUAGUGAAGAAUGUUCAUGUUUUAUAUGUUAAUAAAUAC